ACCUACAACCCCUGAGUUAAACUCUGACCCCAAUAAACACUACUAUCUAGCUAGCUUUGCAAGAUGGAGCUGCUCUAUCGGACUAGUGUCCCCCUUGGGAGUGUGCAUUGUAUAUCGUGGUCACGGAUGAACCUCAUAGCCCUAAGUGUGUCUGCUCAGAUGGAGGGAUUUGUGGCCAAGAAUUUCGACGGAGCGAUCACUCAUCAGCUACUGGUAUUUGAUCCGAACAGACCCUGGGAGUUUCAUACCGUUGCCAGUGACUACAAGACAGUAGUGGUGAGUGUGUCUUGGUCUACGGACGGCACUAGACUGCUUGCUCUCAGUCAAGAUGGCAGCAUCAGAGUAUGGAGAAUGAAGAGCAACUGCAUCAACAGCUGGGUGUGUGCCAACAAGGUGGAGAGUAGCUCUGUAGGGGACGUUGUGCAUGUGGGGUGGCUGGACUCUAGACCAAUGGUGACGAUCCACCAUUCCAAGACAGAAUGGUCGGAGGUGAUGGAGGUCCAACCCUUCUCCCCUCAUCUGAGGAUGCUUCUCGGCACUGGAUUUAUCUCUAUCACCAGUCAUGGCUGUGUGAGAGUGGACUCUACCAGUCUCCCACAUCUAGGGGAAGGGGCAGAGCUCUCGGCACAAGUACAGCUUCCCUCCAGCGGCACUGUUACCAUAGCGAGGUCACAUGUCACUCAGACGGGUACGAUCCUGUGUAGUGUGGGGUACGAGAGUGGUCAGGUGAAGGUGUUCUCAGUGAGUGUGGGGUUGGCUUGGGGGGGCAGUGAGUUCUCUCUCUCCGCCUCCCUAGCCACGGAGCUACAUCAGAUGAGCAGUCAGUCAGAGCAGAUCACGAGUAUGCUGAUGUUGCCCCUCUCUGACGGCUGUGAAGUUCACCUCUGUUACAACAGCAGUCGUCUGUACAAGUGGUCUGUGAAGGACAUCACUCGAUCAGGGUCUUAUCAGUCUCGCCGCGACGGAUCGUACAGUUCCGCCCACCCCAUACACAGUCUCACAGGCUCCGCCCUCUGUCUCGGGUCACAUGAUCCGACUGCCACUGAGAACAAAAUGAGCGAGUUGCUAGUGUUUGGAGAUGAUUAUGUGAUGAAGGAGGGGGCUGGGUGGCCUGUGGAGGUAGUGGGGUGUGGAACCGUGGGUGGGGAGGUCACCCUUUACAGUCGAGGGUCUUGCAAGGAACUGCUGACGGAAAAGGGGGCGUGGCAGGUACCUGGUGACUCUGACACUCCAGUUGCUAAGCGAAGGAAGUUGGACCAAUCAGAUUCCAGUCAUGGUUGCCUGGUAACGCUCUCCCCAAAUGCCUGCUGUAUGGCUGUUGCCCGUGGCAGCACUGUACUCCUCUAUCACACUGGCAGGCUCAUUCUCGGACUCAAAGACUCCUCUGUCCCAGUGGUCCCCCGCUGCUCUCGUCUCCUCUCUCUGUCCCUCGUCAGUGGCCAUACCCCCUGGGACCUUGCCGUCACUUGUAGCAGACUGGAGCAGGAGCAAGGAGUCGGAUUUGUUGACCAAGUGUUUGACCAUUUCUCUGGUGACUUCAACAACAACUCGUCCCAGAGUCGUCUCUUACAGCAGUUCUACUCCACCUCCGCUCUCCUGCACAGCUCUAAGGCUGAUGGUCUCCUAGCAGCACUGUCAUAUCGUCGGAUGUCACGGUUGAAUGCCACUACGACCCUGCUCUCUCUCUGUCUGCCCACCUUCCGAGACGAGGAGCGUGGGGCGGGGGAAAUGAUAGACGAUGUGUGUGACGAAAAUUCCAGUGAGAAUAAGAUCGAAGAGAUAGUCAACGAACUGGAUCCAAAGGAUUUUAUAAUUCCUCAAGACGUGUCUGCUCACCUCCAAGGCCACUGUCACUGGGUUGUGGACCUAGCCAUUAAAUUGGUGGCCAUCUUGGCUGCUGCUGCAGCAAAGGAUGAAUCAAAGCCUGUUGUCCCCGAUGACCUCUCCCUGAGGCUAUUGAGACAGAGCCUGGUGUUGGUUUACCUCUGGAACAGGGCACUACCUCAACCCAUUCUACCGGUCACAGAUGGUGCUCUGUCUCUUCUGUUCAAGGUCCUCACCGUCUACCUCGACUCCCCCUCCACACCUCUCUCUGAUGAGCUGCUCAAAGACAUCUCCACCAACAUUCCGACUAUCUUACAUCUCAACCUUCUCUCACUGAGCAAAGCUGCUCAGCUGCAAGGUUUCAUAAGUGGUCUGACAGCUGCUGAGCUGCCCGAGUCCUUCAUUAGGGGAAAACCCUGUCGUAUCAGACCCAGCGUCCAGUCACAUUACAGCUCCCUGGAUCCCUACUCCCCCCUGACACUAGUGGUGCCCAAGGGUCUCUCUCCGCCAUGGAGGGAUUGCUUCUUGGAGGGCCAAAAGGACAUUGUUCAUGGAGGAGGGCUGACCAAAGCCGUAGUGCAGAACACCAAACUCAAGCAAUGUAGCAGGUGUCGGAGUUGGACAGUGUCGCCUGAGGGCUUGCAAAGUGAUCAGACCUCUCUCUCGUCUAGUGGUCUGACCUCCAACCCUGUCCAGUACUGGAGGAGCGGAUGGAGCAACAGCUGUCUCUGUGGGGCACCAUGGACACUGCAUAACGGCUCACGAACAUGACCUAUAUACGUAUUAUAGCUGGAUUACAAGGCUCUUUAUUAUUCAUGAAUUAUACUUUUUUGGCACAAGCUCAUUGACAAUGAAUGUUCUUUUUCAGCAUGCAAGAGUUGCAAGUUGAUCUCAUCAGGAUUGAAUUCUUUG